GAUAACUUAGAAAGGACCAGUCUCAGUGGAUGACUUUGAUAUAUACCCACACCUUACUACCGCAGAGUACAAUUCAUCAGGGAAUUUAAAAUCUGCUAUAGGCUGUCCUUUUACACAACCUUAAGCUAACCAUAAAAUUGUCUUUUCCGCCUCGAGAACACAGUUCAUAGUUCAACAAAAACAUGGUGCUGAACGUCCCAGGUUUGAUCGCGGUCAUCAUCUUUUAUAUUCUCAUCCUAAUCAUUGGACUAUGGGCGGCCCGCCGGACCAAAGGCGAAACCAACAGCGAGAAUAUCAUGCUGGCAGGGCGGAACAUAGGGGCAUUCGUGGGAGUGUUCACCAUGACAGCUACCUGGGUAGGUGGAGGGUUCAUCAAUGGUACAGCAGAAACAGUUUACAGUUAUGGUCUGGUGAACUGUCAGGCUCCAGUGGGCUAUGCACUCAGUCUGGUCAUGGGUGGAGUAUUUUUUGCCCGCAGGAUGCGUGAACAAGGUUAUGUGACCAUGUUGGACCCGUUCACACGGACCUACGGAGAGAGGAUGGGAGGGCUGAUCUACAUACCGGCACUGCUGGGGGAGGUGUUCUGGUCUGGGGCCAUACUGGCCGCUCUGGGGAGUACACUGAGAGUGAUUGUUGGCCUUUCUCAUGAAGUAGCCAUUGUAGUGUCCGCCUGUAUCGCCGUCUUCUACACUCUGUUUGGGGGACUCUACUCCGUGGCUUACACUGAUGUCGUCCAACUCAUCUGCAUUUUUAUCGGUUUGUGGCUGUGUAUCCCAUUUGCUAUGACCAAUGAACUGGUGGAAAACAUAUCUGUCAAUUCUUCUGCGGUGUGGAUCAAAGAGGUGGAUCCAGUAUAUGUAGGAGUUUACAUGGACUCCUUUCUCCUCUUGAUAUUUGGAGGGCUACCCUGGCAGGUUUAUUUCCAAAGGGUAUUGUCUGCACGAACAGUCGGGAUUGCUCAGAGCCUAUCGUUUGCAGGUGGCCUGGGUUGUAUAAUUAUGUCAGUGCCGUCAAUCCUUAUAGGCGCCAUAGCUGUCAAUACAGACUGGAAUCGCACGGCCUUUGUGACAAGAGACAACUUCAAUGCUUCUGAGAUUUCUAGUAGAGGGUCUGAUAUUUUACCCUUAGUUCUGCAAUACCUCACCCCAGAAUGGGUAUCUUUCUUUGGAUUAGGCGCGGUGUCUGCUGCAGUAAUGUCGUCUGCUGAUUCCUCCAUCUUAUCAGCCAGCUGUAUGUUUGCCAGAAAUAUCUACAAGAUGAUAUUCCGUCAAAGGGCUUCGGAAAAGGAAAUCAUCUGGGUGAUGCGAAUCGCCAUUUUUGGUGUUGGUGCAUUGGCAACCGUCAUGGCAAUCACUGUGAAGUCCAUAUACACGUUGUGGUACCUCUGUUCUGAUCUCGUAUAUGUGGUAUUAUUCCCACAACUUCUGUGUGUUAUUUACUUAAGAGCUUCCAAUACAUACGGGUCACUUGUGGGAUACAUCAUAGGCAUGUUUUUCCGGAUCGCUGGAGGAGAACCCUCUUUGGGCAUUGGCGUGCUCAUCAAAUUUCCUUACUAUUCCGUGAAUAACGGACAGUUAUUUCCAUUUAAAACUCUCUGUAUGUUGAUGUCCUUCACUUCGAUAGUCUUUGUGUCCUAUCUGACCGAUUUCUUGUUCAAAAAGAACAUCCUUCACCCUCGAUUUGAUGUAUUCAAAUGUGUGAUAAACAAAAGGCCAUCUGACGCAAAGCUGACAAAGUACAGUGUAAAAUCUGAGGAGACUUUUGCCAAUCCUUCGUUUUUACCCUCCAAGGAGGAAAUACGCGAAAGGCGAUAAAUCGAUGGUUAGAUCACCUAAUUACACUAAUCGUUUGAUUGAUUACUUCCAUAGUAAGUUAUAAUUUUUGCCCCAGAAUGCUCGUAUUUAUCGUAAAGGUAUUCCAUUAUGCAAAGAAAUGAUUUAUCACUUUCAGGAAAAAUUCUCCAUUAAUAAUACAUGUGUGCCAAUGAUACAUGUAGUUCAUUUUCAUGAGGAGGUCAAAUUCUGGUGCAAAGCAAUACGAUCUCAUCUCGUUUGUGCCUAAAAUUACAAACUAAUGUAUGGCUAAUAAUGAUUUUGAUUGAAGCUACGUUGUAAGAACAUCGCUUAUAUGGAGCACAAUUGUUUCGUCACUUCCUUUGCUGAUGUCAUUAUGACAUCACAAAUGACAUUAAAUGAGAUUGCAACAGUUCGUUUUUGACAAAUUAUCUAUGAGGAUGAUGGUCAGUAAAUAAGCUUAUCUGUAAACAGCCUUGCGGAAAUCGAAGAAAAUUUCUUAUAAGUAUGGUUCAAAGUGCUUGUACAUGUACUAGGAUUGUAGUUAAUGAUGAUAACUCGUGUCAAGGUUCAGUGAAAUUUAAUGCUACAGUGCUGCCCAUUUUGUCAAAAUGAUAUGUAAAUAGGUACAGCCCUGAAGUGCAUUAAAUAUAAUUAUAAGAUAAUAUCAAAAUGUACAUUAAUCAGUAACUUCUAUAAUUCAUGAAUACAAUUUCCAUAAAGAUUAUGAAUCAGAAUCAAGGGAGACAACUCCUAAAGUUACAUAAUAUUUCUCUCAUAAAAUAUCAGCUUACCAUUCCAUGGGAAACGCUUCAACUUUUACACUACAACCUUAUUAUCCAUUGUGGAUGUGCACAUGGACUUUGUAAUUUAUAGAAAUAAAAAAUCUAAAAUACUUUUUUCAUUAAAGGGAAAUGCAACCCCCCCCCCCCCCCCCCAAUGUUUUUACAUAAUAAAUGAUAAGAUUAAUUAUAUGAUAAAGAUUUGUCAUAUCAUUCUGUUGAUACAUGGCCUAUAUAAGCCUCAGUACUAAUUUUAAAACGUUAAAAAUUGAAAUUUCCGCCAUCUAUAGAGGCUGCCAUGAAGCGGAACUCUGUUGUAGUCAAGACCACAAAAAUCAAUAAUUUUGACGUCACGCCGUCUAUUCCGGUUUUAAUGAGAUUCUAAGAUCAUCAAAGAUGUGCAUGUGGUAGAUAUUACGAAUACAUUGCAAAUAGGUGGAUGCCUUCUUGUCAAGCUGUUAAUUAUACGCCCGUCGAAGACGGGACAUAUUAUGGUAUGGCGUCGUCCGUCCGUCUGUCUGUCCGGAGCUUGUGGGCAGGAUACAGAUUGAACCAUAAGCGCUAGGGCUUUUGAACUUGGUACAUUUGAUCACCAUGAUGAGAGGAAGAUGCCUAUUGUUUGUCAAGGUGAGAGGUCAAAGGUCAAGGUCGUAGUAUCACUUAUUAGGAAAACCUUGUGGGCAGGAUACAAACCGAACCGUAAGCUCCUGGAUAUUAUAACUUAGUAUAUUUGAUCACCAUGAUAUAGUGCUAACUUCACUAAAAUAUGAAUCCCACUAAAAUAUGUUUUCCUUGAGCAAAAUGUACGGGCGUAUUAUGCCACGUUGGUGUUGCUCUUGUUACACUAAUGCGAAGGGGAGAUGGGAAACAAAAACAAAAAUUUGAAAUUCCUGACCCAACAAGGUUAUUUGAAAAGAAAAUACUAUGUAAACUGUGGAUCCAUCAUUUGCGUAAUGACAAGUUGAGGUUUGAGUCAUGUACAUGUAUUAAGAAACGAGUACCAUCUGCCUGGUCUGCGACUCGACUGAACGUCUUCUUUUCUUAAAUUCCUCUUGCGAAAGAACGGCUCAAAUCUAUACGACUCCAAACUUAACUGUUCGUGACUUGUCAUGUUUACAGUGCUGCUGAUGAAAUAAACCGGAGCCGACGGUGUGACGUAAUAAAUUAAACUUCAAUGGCCGGUCUCUUAGCAGCGGGUAAUUUGAAAUAUAAGAUAUGUUAAUAUUGAUUUAAUUGUUAAGCAGGGAUAUUUGUUAAAGAUUGUCAUUUACGAUAUCAGUAAGUAAUACUUUAGUCAUAAGGCAACAAUGUGGUUAGGGUUGCCUUUCCCUUUAAAUCAAAGUUAUUUGCUCACUUUGAACAGAAUAGUUAGAUACCCUGAUCAUAAAAUAAAGUGGAACUCGAUAGAUUUACCAAUUUACUCUUGAUACAAUUAGCUAAAACAUAUUUCAAAAUACAGCCUUUCCCUCAGCAUUAGGAGACUUAGUGGAUUUUCUGAUACAUACAUGUAGACUGGGACAUCAAUAGGAAUUUAACAGGGACUUACCAGAAAAUAAGGAAACCUCUCUCCAAAAUGGUCUUAGUCAAAGCCUACAAAAUCAAGUCUUUUCUUCGUCGAUACAAGACACAGAGAGUUCAACUUUGGCAGUAAAACCCAUAACCAUAGAAACCCAAGAAUACUUCAAGACCUUGGACAUAUGCCGUAUGGUAAUCACUUAUGUGUUCAGAUGUGGCUAGAGAAAUAAAGGAGUGGAUCUUGAUUUUUGAAGUAAAUUACAUUUACUUUGACAAGCAUUUUGAAACGAAUUCACACCAUUACAUAUAUUAUACAUUUAUUGUACCUAAAAUUUUAAUUUCUGAUAUCAACACCACUGAUUGUAUAGUACAAAUCGACAAAUUAUUGAUUUCUGUAACACGUUUAUUUGAAGCAAUGAACUGGAAUUGUUCAACAAUUUAUAGGGCAGUAAAAGGUGCUUAAACUUAUCUUUUAUGCUUGAUGAAAUGUUAUUACUUUCAAUGAGAAUUGUUUAUUCAAUAUUUGAAUUAAGGAACAAUCCAUUAUUGCUCAGAUAUGUAUAUAUCCCAAAAUUUAAGAAUUCUGAAACAAUCUUAAAACUGCAUGGAUAUAUAUGUUAAUGUGUUAUGCAUGCACUGUGUUGAAAUGGUUGUCGGGGUUUUGACACAUAGUGCACGACCUAAACGGAAGCGCAUUAUUUGGCAAAACGUAACUGCUAUUCCGGCGUCGUAUAUGCAUAACAACUUGAAUGUUUCCUAAUUAUUAUGCUGACUGUCCAAAUCUGCUCGUAUUGUUUAGUAGACAUACACAAGUCAUUAGGUAUGUACAUUUUCAACGGUGCAUUUUACUUCAAUGACGUCAGACUUCAACUGAAACAGCUUUAACCAGCAGUGGGUGCUAAUUAGAUAGAGGUUCUGAAAAGUCGGCGUAUCAAGGGAAAAUGACCCGCCUUCACUUCUUUCCGAAGAGCAGAAAUUUUGAUGGUAACUCACAGUAUAAUGCAACACAUAUGCAGUAUUUACAUGUACAUAUAUUUGUUUAUAAUUUACCAGUUUUGUUUGUAACCCACCUCUUAUUAUAAUAUAUUGAUGGGAACAUUUAUACGUGUAUCUCGGUACAUAUAUCUGAUAAUCUUAUUAUGUAGAAUUGUCUUUAUUGAUACAGAUGUAUCGACUAUUUUUUGAUAUAUUCAAAGAUAGAAUGAUUCAUAGAGCGUAUCUAAAGAUGUUUUUGUAUUUCAUUAUACUAUAUCAUUUUGUUAUAUUUUUUAUACAGAAUUUUUUUUUAUUAAAUCGGGAUUUCUAAGGGUA